AUUAAUUAAUCCAAAACCCAUUAACUAAUGCCAUUAUUUUCACUAGGAUUUUCUUUCAUAGCUUGAUAUGAGAGAGAGAGAGAGAGGGGGAUUUAGUUUUUACUUGAGGGCUUGGUGAUUGGUUCUUUUCCAUGUUCCCCUUUCCGGGGAUUCUUCUCUUUUCCCCAUGAAUUUUCAAAAUAUCUUUUUGGGCUUUGGGCUUUGCUUUCUUUUGUGGUCACUUUCUCUCUCUCUAUCUCAACCAUGUGGGUUCCAUGCUUCUGUCUCCGAAGGAAAUGUGAAACAUCACCCUGCUGAGUUUUUGAUCUCCGGGCCUGACUUUUUGAGAUGUGGUUUCUGAGCCUCAGAACACACUGCAGAGCAUGUUUAGCUUAGUUCUCUGUUUCAUGUCAGCAUAUCCAUUCAUUUCCUCUGCAAAUCCGGCUUCUUUCAAUGACUCCCUUCUUCUAGGGUUCUCUUCCAUCUGAUUUCACUCUGCCAAGCUGGAGGCUCAUAACUGGCUCAUGAAGAAUUUUACUUGAGAAAAUCUUUUUCCCAUUAUUGCAAAAGCAAAAGAAAAAAAAAAUGGAAUCUGGAGUUAUGUUCUACUCAGUUGAUGAGUUCAGAUUGGACCCCAAAUGGCUGAUUGAUCCUAAGCAUCUUUUUGUUGGGCCACAGAUUGGAGAGGGAGCUCAUGCUAAAGUCUAUGAGGGAAAAUAUAAAAACCAAACUGUUGCUAUUAAAAUUGUACACAAGGGAGAAACUGCAGAUGAUAUCGCUAAGAGAGAAGGGCGUUUUGCAAGGGAGGUGGCAAUGUUGUCUAGAGUGCAACAUAAGAACUUGGUGAAGUUUAUUGGUGCUUGUAAGGAGCCAGUAAUGGUGAUAGUCACUGAGCUGCUAUUAGGAGGAACAUUGCGUAAGUAUUUGCUUAACAUGCGUCCCAAAUGCUUGGAUAGACAUGUUGCCAUUGGUUUUGCACUUGAUAUAGCACGUGCUAUGGAGUGCCUGCAUUCCCAUGGGAUCAUCCACCGUGAUCUUAAACCUGAUAACUUGCUGUUGACUGAAGACCAGAAAACAGUGAAGCUAGCAGAUUUUGGUUUAGCAAGAGAAGAGUCAUUAACCGAGAUGAUGACCGCUGAAACAGGAACUUAUCGCUGGAUGGCUCCAGAGUUGUAUAGUACUGUCACACUGAGGCAAGGGGAGAAAAAGCAUUACAACCAUAAAGUUGAUGCUUAUAGUUUUGCAAUUGUGUUGUGGGAGCUCUUACACAACAAAGUUCCUUUUGAAGGCAUGUCAAACCUUCAGGCAGCAUAUGCUGCAGCCUUUAAGAAUGUAAGGCCAAGUGCAGAGAAUCUUCCUGAGGAAUUGGCUCUAAUUCUUACUUCAUGCUGGCAAGAGGACCCAAAUGCCAGACCCAACUUCACCCAGAUAAUCCAAAUGCUCCUAAAUUAUCUUUACACUGUUGCACCUCCUGAACCCAUGAUUCCUUCAAGAAUAUUCACUUCUGAGAACACUGUGUUGCCACCAGAGUCUCCCGGAACUAGCUCCUUAAUGGCAAAACGUGAUGACACAGGCGAUACACCAAGAGCAAAGGACGAAGUCAAGCCUAAUGGUUUUCUUUGCUGCUUUAGUCAGUGUUAUUAACUUUUGAAAUCAGGUCUGAGUUAAAAAUGACAAAAAAUAUUAGAUAGAAUCUAGUCCAAAGUGAUCAUUUUGACAACUCGGUAAAUGUUCAGAUAAAAAUACCUUUGCAAUUCCAGUAAAAUUUAGUUCUUUUUUCUGCAA